UCAGGAAAGGACAACAGGAAGUAAAUGUCCGCUGAUGUCGAAGGGAGACGCUAAAGCGGUAGCUGCUCAGGGCAAACGCCGCUUCGUACUGGAUUAUCUUCACCACAGUGUGUACAAAUUAGCUUGUUUGUUGAAUGAAGAAAUGCCUACCGUACUGGUAGCAGCUUUUAAAAAAACAUCGGUAUCUUUGACCAGUCCGGCUUGAAUGCUAUGCAGCUAACGCCUGUGACAGUCGUUUUAAAUGCUAACGUUACCUAGCAAGCUUUAGCAAGCUAGUGUGUAAGCUACAUUACUUUGAUCUGUGAAGGCUGCAUUCGUGAAUGUAGAGUGGGGAAAUCGCUGAAAUGUGUCACAACACUUCAAGGCAUCGAUAACCGGCUUUUACGGCAGUCCCCAUCAGUUCUGUGUUGCAAUGAGGAGCACCAGAGUUCAGCUGUGAGGGCUCAGAGGCAUGAACACUGUUUCCCCCAGCGCAGUACAGUACGUAGGGGGAGGGAUGCAGGAUGAGCUGGUGGAGAGCCGGAGGCAACAGCCUCUGGAACAGCAGGGCAGCUUUGGUCUCAGGCUGCCACAGACACCAGAUCCCGGCAGGGAGGCAACCGGAGAGCCCGACGAAAUGGACAAACUGAAAGCCAAACUGAUGUCAGCUUGGAACAAUGUCAAAUAUGGUUGGACUGUUAAGUCUAAAACCUCCUUCAACAAGAUGUCACCAGUCACUCUCCUGGGUCACUCCUAUCUGCUCAACAGUGAAGAUGAAGUGGAGCGGUUUCGUUUGGCUUUUGUAUCCAGAAUUUGGCUGACCUACAGGAGGGAGUUCCCACAGCUGGAGGGCUCCACCUGGACCACUGACUGUGGUUGGGGCUGUAUGCUGCGCAGUGGGCAGAUGCUGCUGGCGCAGGGGCUCCUGGUUCAUUUGAUGCCCAGAGAUUGGGCUUGGCCAGAUGCUCAGCAGCUAACCGAUGUGGACUUUGAGGUGUUCAGACCACGUUCCCCAGCCCGGGCUGGCGGGGUCCCCAUCCCCUCCUUUGGCUCUCCACGGGGAUCCAACACCCCCGAAAAGUCCCUGAGUGAUCAGGCACCCAAAUGCAGCCUGAAGCAAAGACCUGAGUCUGUAAGGGACAGGCAAGCAGAGCCCAUCCAUCACAAGCUGGUCACCUGGUUCGGGGAUCAGCCCCCAGCACCUUUUGGGCUUCACCAGCUGGUGGAAAUUGGCAAAAGUUCAGGGAAGAAGGCUGGUGACUGGUAUGGCCCCUCUAUUGUAGCACACAUCCUAAGGAAAGCGGUGGCCAAAACCUCUGUGCUUCACUGCCUGGCUGUAUAUGUGGCUCAGGAUUGUACAGUGUACAAAGAGGAUGUGGUGCAUCUAUGUGACCUGUCACUAAGCCAGACUCCCGCUGAUCCGUCCAGCCAAGCCUGGAAGUCUGUCAUCAUACUGGUGCCUGUACGGCUGGGAGGGGAGGCCCUCAACCCAUCCUAUAUUGAAUGUGUCAAGAACAUCCUAAAGUUGGAUUGUUGUAUUGGAAUCAUCGGAGGCAAACCGAAGCAUUCCCUUUACUUCAUUGGCUUCCAAGACGAGCAGCUGCUGUAUCUAGACCCUCACUACUCUCAGCCUGUGGUGGAUUUCUCACAAGUCAACUUUUCACUGGAGUCAUUCCACUGUAGCUCUCCCAAGAAGAUGCCCUUCAACCGUAUGGAUCCCAGCUGUACCAUCGGCUUUUAUGCCAAGAACAAGAAGGACUUUGAGUCUCUAUGUUCUGCUGUUAGUGUGGCCCUGUCAUCAACAAAGGAGAAGUACCCCAUCUUUACUUUCGUAGAGGGCCAGGGUCAGGAUUAUGGACUUGAGGGUCACUGCAGCAAUCACAGUGGACCUGCAGCCCACAUUCUGCCCCCUGGCAAACUGGGGAGGAGUAACAACAGAACAAUCAGUGAUGAGUUUGUCUUCCUGUAAGGUACCAAGGAGGAUGCUCUCUUAGCACUUACCAGCAGGGGGCAGAGAAGGACACCUCAUUUUCCUUUCAAAGGGAAGGACAUGAUUCUGCUGAUGGUGCAGCUGCAAAGUGGAUGAGACGCUUUUGUGCUUUAUUACUUUUUACUGGUCAACGGAAAUAAAAACUGUGUGGCUCCUGUCAUCCCCUUUUUGUGUGGAUGGUGGUAUUCUAUGCUGACAGGCAUUAAUGGGUACAGUGUGGAGCAUUAUUUUACUAGGCAAAGGCACUAUUUCAAAGUGGAUCAUGGUUGGAAAUGUUUCAAGUACUUGAAGUCUUUUUGAUUUUCUUUAUCAGACCCUCAAAAAACCUCAGUAGGUCAUGUGCGAUCAAAAUCACGUGCUUAAAAGUACUCCAAAUACACUCAAUUACUGUCUUCCGCCUGGUCUGAACUGCACAGGAAGGUGAUGUGUGGUCGACAUGAUAUUUAAUUAUCUCACUGGUCAGUGAAGGGGGAUGGUGCCUGAUACUGAUCUUAACUUGUAUGAUUUGCUGAAAAUGUUUGUUCUUUAAAUUUAUUUAUAGGGUAUAUGAAUGUGUGAGCAAGUGUGGUGUUAGUGUAUAUUACAUUUUCUUAAAUAAGUGUACUGAUGUAUUUAGGUGUCUGACACAUUGGAUUUCGCAAAGCUUUCAAAUUCUUCCAAGAACAUCUUGAACAGAUGUAAAUUCAUUCUAGUGUUGCAGUCUGGUCUGAAUUUCACACAAAUGCCCAGGGUCUCGAUCUUCCACAUGCUGUGUCGCUCCAUUAUUGGUCAUAAAGAAAAUAACAUUCCCAAAAAGUUAGUCAAGCUCCCAGGUUGAAGAAAAAUUAUCCCUUCAGUUGGAGAUGCAUGUGUUUCUUUGCCUGGUGAAAUGGCUUGUCCCAUUAAGCAGGAUCAUAAAGUUAUCUGGAUACAUUUGCAAAUUACAACCCAGAACGGCUCUUUUUACAUAAGUUUAAGUUCUAGGUUUCACUUGGCAAAAACCAACCCAAUCUGAAUAGAAUGUUUGCCUUCAAGCUUUUGUUGCAAUGUCAUUUGUGUUUAAUCUGUCCCUUUUUACAUGGUUACUACUGCAGGUUGCCCUACUACUGUUUGGUUUGUUGUCCUGAUUAAACUUCAAACACUGGAAUCA